GAACAUAGUAAUUAUAUUGUGUGUUCCACGUAGUGAAUUACGUGCAAAAUAAUGUAACUGGUAUUGUUACUGUGAAAACAAGGGAGGAGUUUGGAAUACUUUCUCCGCAAAUUUAACGAUUUGACUGAAAAACAGAAUGAGUUCUUUGGACGAAGACGAUCAUGCAGCUAUCAGUAAAACAUAUCAUUCCAUCGAUGAAAAUGGCGAUGGUCGUGUUUCUAUGGCGGAAGUGAAGAGAGCAUCAAAAAGACUUGGCAUCGAUCUAUCUACAGACAAACUAAAGCAGAUGAUGAGAGAUGUUGAUAAAAAUGGAGAUGGGUAUCUGGACUUAGGUGAGUUUGAAAAGUUGAUCACAGAAUAUAUUAAACAUGACCCUAAUGAUAUAAAGACAGCACGAAAAAUAUUUCAAGCCAUGGAUGUUGAUAAAGAUGGAAAAGUAACGACUUCAGAAAUUAUGAAAGCUAUGAAAAUCUCCAAGUCAGACGCUAACGAUCUCUUAGUGGAGGCAGAUUCAAAUAAAGACGGGAAAAUGUCUUUUGACGAAUUUGUCAAAGUUAUGAAAGGACAGACCGGAUAAAAGGUCCUGUUGGAUUAUGCAGCCUGUUUGUCUAACAGUCGGAAGAAUAAUGCUUGUCUGCAAAUAAGCACAAGAAGAUGGACUUUGUAAACUAUUUAAAAAAAAAAACAUAUUCUGUAUGAGCUGGUUCAAAAGAGUCUUGAAUGUUACGUGUAGAUAUAUGUAUUUUAUAGCAUGACCAUGAUGGCAUUUGUAAUAAAAGUAAAUUAAGAAAAUGAAAAAGAAAUACAAUGAUUUAGAAAUAAAGUAUAUAUGAUAUUUACUGAAUCAAGAGCAUGUAACAGAUUAUAUUCAAAGUGAAGCAUAAUUUAAUGCCCAUUUGAUGCUCUAGGUGCGCUUUUCA